AUGUCAUCCAUGAAGCCAUACCCGCUGGCCAUUCUCAUUCCGAUCUUUUCUUUCAUUUCUAUUCUGUUGUCUCUUUCACCACUGUUACUUCAUGCAAAAAAUCGCAAUUACCCAGCUACAGCUCUGAUUUGCUGGGCAAUUCUGCUGAGCGUGUUCAAUAUCAUCAAUGCCCUUCUCUGGCCUACAGAUGACACUUCCGUGUGGUGGAACGGUACCGGUCUUUGUGAUAUCGAAGUCAAGUUUAUGGUUGCAAGCUACGUCGCUGUACCAGCUGCUCUAACAUGUAUCUUCCGCGGACUGUCAAGAGUGCUGGACACUAGCCGAGCAGUCCUAGUCCCGAGCAAGUCUCAGCGCUGGCGCAAUCGGAUGGUCGAACUUCUGCUCUGUGUGUUUGUUCCAAUUAUGGCUAUGGUCACCCACUUUGUCUAUCAAAAAGACCGCUAUCUUCUCUAUGCCAUCUCAGGUUGCGUCAACAAUUACGACGAAAGCUGGCCAAGUUUCGUGCUGGCAUGGAUGUGGCCACCCAUUCUUUGCUUGAUUUCCGCUUACUAUUGUUGCCUUGUCCUUAUCCGCCUGCACAGGUACCGGAGUGACUUUGAAGUUGUCAUCCGCUCAUCUAAUAGCAAUAUGAGCAAAUCCCGUUUCCUCCGCCUCUUUCUCGUCGCUUUCACCAUGCUCAUAGCUAUCCUCCCCCUUCAAGGCUACGUUGUCUACCGCGACCUCAAAUCCUCCCUUCCCUGGCACAGCUACUCCUUCUCCCAAGUCCACCAUGACGGAUGGGACAAAAUCAUUAAGGUCCCCACACAAGGCAGAGUCUUCUUCGAUCGCUGGACCCCCGUCGCAAUAGGCGUUCUCAUCUUUAUCUUCUGCGGUUUCGGUCGUGACGCCAUCCGCGUCUAUCGUACAAUCCUCUGGCGACUCGGUUUCGGACACUGCUUCCCCAGCGUGUCUCGUCCGACGAACUCACAGGCUUCCAUCCGUCCUGCCCACGUCUCCAACUCGACUACUCUGGUUGAAACACCUCGUCACAAGAAAUCUCUUUUCAACUGGCGCAAGAACACAUACAAUGAUAUUGAGAAGGGUCUUCGGCUAUCUUCACGUGUCAGUCGAGACAAGGUCGUGCCGUGGUACCGGAAUCCGUUGUCAUUCUUCAAUCGCCGUUUUGCCCGCAGUCGUGACCAGGUCGUUCUGUUGAAUGAUAUAACUGUGCCCGGACAGACUAUGUGUACGACUGCCUGGGCGGCUGUCAGUGAGAGUCGUCCUAGCAGCGAAAUGUCAGACCGUGUUCCGUCUACCCCGGUGCCGGCGGAUUCCAUUCAUAUCAAGCAUGUCAUUUCCCAGAGCAGUGAGAUCCAUUUCAAUUCCGUCUAA